AUGACGGCAGAGGAUGUCAAGGUGAUAGUAGAGGAUGUUAAGGUGAUAGGAGAGGAUGUUAAGGUGAUAGGAGAGGAUGUUAAGGUGAUAGGAGAGGAUGUUAAGGUGAUAGGAGAGGAUGUUAAGGUGAUAGGAGAGGAUGUUAAGGUGAUAGGAGAGGAUGUUAAGGUGACGCCAGAGAAUGUUAAGGAUUUAGAUGUCAAGGAUCUAGAUGUCAAGAAUUUAGAGCCCUUGACGCAGGAGGAGAUGGAUGCGGUGAUAUAUGAUGCUAGGGUUGGUGAUGUAGAAGUAUUGAAAGAGAUAUUUGACGAAAUACCCAAAUCAUACUUGUUAACAAUCAAAGACGAUAUUAGUUUGAGUACACCUAUACAUAUGGCGGCAGCCAAUGGACAUUUGGAUACGAUAAAGUAUCUUUUAUCGAUCAUUUCAAAAGAUGACGCAGUAAGAUUGGUACAAGCCAAAAACGAUACAGGGAACACUGCUCUUCAUUGGGCGGCAUAUAAUGGACAUCUUGAAGUUGUCAAGUACUUGGUUGAGUUUGAAGCUGAUCCGUUUGCCAAGAACGAAGCAGGACACGAUUCUAUAUACGAAGCUGAGAAUAACGGGAAAACUCAAGUAGAAAACUGGUUUUUGAGCAAGUAUGCGCCAGAAGAAGACUUUUCUAUUGCAAGUGAUGGUGAUACAACAAGGGUGACGUAUGCCCCAGGAACAGAAAGUAAAUUGGCUGACGAGAACGCUAGAGAUGCAGUCUUUGCCACAAGUAUAAACACAGGAGAAAAAGGGGAGGGGAAGAACAAGGAGGAAAGGAAGGAUGAGAGUCCAUCCAAUCCACCCAGCUUGAGCCCUGAACUCGAGGGCAUCGCCAAUGUAUUAAUUAGGAUGUCAGAUUUAGGGUUUGAUCCAACAUUGAAGAAAAAGAAGAAGGUUAAGAAGUUAGUAGAAGAUUCCUCUUCUAUUGGUUUGGAUGAUACAGAAGGGUCAGCGCUGCAACCAACGAGUAGCUCGGUGGAUGAAUUAUUUUCUGGAAUGAAGAAAAAGAAAAAGAGUAUUAAAAAACCCCAAGUUUCUCAGGAGACCUCUUUGGAAGCUGUAGAAGAUGACUUGAGUGCAUCGCUUGGCGAUUUGUCCUUGAAAAAGAAGAAAAAAAAGAGUACAAAGAAUUUGGAUUUGAAUGAGUUUGAGCAACAAUUGGAGAAAGCUGGUGUUGAGGAUGUUUUUGAGACACAAGAGGAUUUUAGUGCAAGUGCAAGUGCAAAUGCAAAUGCAAAUGCACAGGGUCUGGCACAAUCACAACAAGGCUUAACGUAUGAAACUUUAUUGUCUCGGUUUUUUGAAAUUUUGAAAGCUAAUAAUCCAGAAUUAGCUGGUGACAGGACGGGUCCGAAAUUCAGAAUCCCGCCACCAGUUUGUCAAAGAGAAGGUUCGAAAAAGACCUUGUUUGCAAACGUACAAGAAAUCGCCACCGUGUUACAGAGGAAUCCCGAGCAUUUGAUACAAUUUUUGUUUGCCGAAUUGGGUACCUCAGGUUCGAUCGAUGGUGAAAAACGAUUGGUUUUGAAGGAGGAGAAAGAGGAGAAAGAGGAGAAAGAGGAGCAAGAGGAGCAAGAGGAGCAAGAAGAGAAAGAGGAGCAAGAGGAGCAAGAGGAGCAAGAAGAGAAAGAGGAGCAAGAAGAGAAAGAGGAGAGUUGGAGUGCUUGGGAGAAAGAAAAGUCGAGUAUCUGCCAGUAG